AUGAAGAUAGAACUCCUUAAGAAUGGAUAGAAAUUUGUAUAUAGAGUAAUCUUCCACAUGCAAAAAUGUUCGAUGUUUGGUGAAUUAGACAAAUACACUUGGACAGAUGUUGAAGUGAUCGGUUUUGAGAAUGGUAAAUUCGAAGUUAAAAUAUUGAGAUCAAACAAAAUCAAAAGGAUUGGCAGAUUAUCAUUAUAAUUUUACUUGGAAGACCCUGUAAAGUUUGAACAAAGAGUUGAAUUGUGUAAACAAAGACAAAGAAUGCAAAUGAUGAAUUGA